AUGUUAUUUCCCAGCGAUGGAGUAAUAUCAUCGAAGACGCCCGAGUUUCACGCCGUCAUUCUUGCAGGGUAUGGCAACAACUUGGACCCACUGGUGGACGAUGAAAAGGGGGUACACAAGGCUCUGCUUCCCAUAGGGAACCAACCCAUGGUAUCGUAUGCCCUGCAGUGGCUGGAGGAGGCUCGGGUGUUCGAUGUACUGUUCAUCACGCCACAGUCACACAAGGUAGCGAUACAGCACCACCUGUCCUCCCAGAAUUCCUCAUGGCCGUCGUUACGUGUCGAAUUAGAGUCGGUGGAUGAUGAAGAAGCUGAGUCUCUGGGCGCAGCGGAUCUCUUGCGCAUGUUCGCCGACCGAAUACAGUCUGACGCGAUUGUACUGCCCUGCGACUUCGUUCCUCCGCCCUCUCUUCCACUGAACCUCCUGCUAAACGCGCAUCGCGUUGAUGUAGAGGAUCCCGUCAUGACUGCUCUGCUGGUGGAGACAGGGGAGGAAGUCAAGGACGGUCCCGUGCCUACUCUGAUGGGGUUGCACGCGCAGUCAAAUACCCUGCUAUUUGUCGACGAUAACGCCGACCCGGAAGACGACGUCGCGCUACGGAUGAACAUGCUCUGGAGAUAUCCGCGGGUGAAAAUGACAAAUCGUCUGACAGAUUCGCACGUGUAUGUUUUCCGUCGAUCUGUGUUCGACCUCCUUCAGCAGAAAGACGAGAUAUCGUCGGUGCGGGAACAGCUCGUGCCGUUCCUGUGCAAGCUGCAAUAUCAGCCCCGGCGGAGGGAGAAGUAUGGGCCGAUCAUCAGCCCCAAUGCCAACAUGCAGGAGUUGGCUUUAGAACAUUCCACGACGUAUACCCCGCCACCCUCACAAAGGAAUCACGCGUCUAGAGAAAAGCCUAUCCACAAAUCCGUCGUUUCUACGCCUUUCACUCAAUCUGGAGCAUCAACACCACCUGGAGAGUCGGUGCCAGCCAGUCAAGCCGCUGAGGAACCUGAAGGAUCCCCAUCAGACUAUCCCAUCCGGUGCAAUGUCGUCGUGCACAAGGACGGCUACGCCGCCCGCGCAAACACACUCGGCACAUACUUCGAGCUAAAUCGACAAUGUCUGCGAACGACUGCGACCGCACCCGUCACGGGCGAGGGGAUCGACGGUAAAGCGCAGGUCUCGCCCGACUCUUUGGUUGGGGCAUCGACGAGAAUAGCAGAGCGGACGACGGUCAAGAAAUGCGUGAUUGGGAAACACUGCCUGAUCGGCAAGAACGUGCGAAUAUCAGGAUCAGUACUGAUGGAUCACGUCGAGGUGCAAGACGGGGCCAAGAUCGAGAACUGCAUCAUCAGUUCAAACUGUAGGAUAGGGAAGAACGCAUCCCUGCGCGACUGCCAGCUACAGACGGGAUGGGUAGUCGAUGACGAGGCGUCGCACAAGGGUGAGCGGUUGAAACGGUUCGAAGCGUACGGGGACGACGACUAG